GCGAAAUGUUGACAAUGAUCACUUAAGUGGCCGCCAGUAAGCGGCGCUUAUAGCUUGAGUCGUGAAUUCUAGAGAGCCAGUUCGCGAUAAACACUCGGACGAUGCGCAACGGUAGCGAAUAUGCAAUUUUGGAGGCGUUAAUUUACCUAGUAGUGGUCUAAUAAGAAAAUAGAGGCAGUGUCAUUGUCAAAGCUAAUAUGAUUAAAUAAAAUUGCUUGCGUGAAAGUGUAGUAAAUAAAAAGCUAAAACUAAAAAGAAAUUUAAAAAAAAUCUUACGAAAAAAUUGCAAAAAAUCAAACUAAAAAACAAACUUUGACGGCUGCUUAGCUAAAAAGUAAAACAUCACUUCUAGGCUGUAUUUAAAGUGUGCGGACGUCCUUGAAGUCGUAGAAACUAUUACCACAAAUAACAAAAAAAAAACAGGAAGCAUUUAAUCGCCGCUUUAUAACACAUAAAAUUUCUACGAUGACACUUUUAACCGCCGCAUGCCAUACUAUCACAGUUGCGGUUUUAUUUGCGGCUGUAAGCUCGAAUUUGACGAGCUCUGUUGAUGCUGCAGCAGAAAUGGCUGAAUUAAAGCGCGUUGAUGCGACAAGAAAAGUUAUGGAAAAUGAUACCGUGCUGUUGCCUUGUGACAAUCAUUUUACAUUUCAGUACGUUCGCUGGUUCAAAGAGAAUCAAUCGCUCGUAGAUUCACGUGACAGCAAUGAGACGCCAACACCCGAACGAAUACGACUUUGGUCAAAUGGUAGUUUACAAAUUUCACAACUCCAACCUUCGGAUACUGGCGACUAUAGCUGCGCUCUCAAAACCGACAAUGACACAGAAGUUACGAAAACGCAUUCCAUAACUGUGCAAUUCCCGCCAACAGUGCAGACAGAGCCAGAAGGAAAUAUUGAACUCCCGAUUGGCGCAGUUUUUCAGGUGAUGUGCGAAGCCAGAGGUGUGCCACAACCCAAAUUAUACUGGCGUUGGAAUGGCAAAUUGGUGGAUAAUCAACUAAUUGGUAAUCGUUUGAGUAUACAAAUUGAAGUGGGUUCGCGUGAACAAUCUGGACCGAUUGAGUGUGUGGCCAAUAACAGCAUAGGCGAUAUAGCGGUGGCAGGCAUGUUCUUGAAAGUACAGUUUCCGCCGGAAGUGCGUGUCGUGCAACAUGUUGUCUACACCAAGGUUGGUUCACGAAGCGAUUUGGAAUGCCUUAUCGAGGCAGUGCCCCGUGCUAGUGUAAAUUGGUACCAUCAUGGCGUACCAAUGACCUAUGACUCAAGAAUAAGCCGUUACGAAACCGAAAUGCAACCAAAUGGUUCCAAUUUACAAUUCAACACAGUUAUAAAGCAUACGCUGUCUAUAAAAAAUGUGCGUGACUCAGAUCUCGGGCUAUACGAGUGUCGUGCGGAAAAUAAAUUGGGCUUCAAAAGCGCGGCUAUUGACUUCACAGGACGUCCAAUGCCAUGUGUUUUCAAAAUCAAUCCAGGGGUACAGAGUUCAACCUCACACAUUUUGGUGUGGCAAACUGAGAGUUUAUCACCGCUAAUGGAAUUUAAGUUGAAAUUUCGACAAAUACCAUCAGCAAGCAUAACACCACAAACUUUGGACAUUGAUUUCAAAACCGAUUGGACGGUAUUGACCAUACCAUCAGAGCUAUCGGCCGGUCCCAUUCACAUUACUACAUACACCUUACAUGGUCUACAACCAGCUAGUGUCUACGAAGUGGUAGUAUACGCCCGCAAUCACUUUGGUUGGAGUGAGAGCAGCAAAAUAGUAAGAUUUGCAACGGGCGGAGAAGUUGAACUGCCGAAUUAUUCAACUGAAGCCGAGUUGUAUAGCAAUGAGGACUUGUCGUCUGUAGAGAGCGAGGAAGAUCGUACAAAGGAGGACUCGGUAAUUUUGAAUGAAGUUUAUGAUAGAAAUACUGUUACGUCUGCGUCUUCCAACCGAUGGUGUUUUUUGAAUUUGGCGAGUCUUGUAGUGUUAACAACUUUAAAGCAAACAUUGAUAUGAUAAUAAAUACAUAUCUGUGAAAAAAUUAAAUUAAUUAAACAAUUUGUAAAGCUUUUAAUUAGAAACUCUCACGAUUUCUAGUUAAUAAACCAAACGGAAAAUCAACAUCAUUAUGGCAAACUGAGCAAAUAAGGAAACAUUGGAUUUUAUUAACUAUAGUACAAAGUUACUGUAUACCAAUACCUAUACUGUGUACCAAUAUACUGUACUAUAUACUAUAACGAUUAAUUUAUACUAUAUGUGUAAAUAUAUAAAUUACCUUCCAAGCCACUGGCUGGAUUUAAAAUCAUAUGACAGAGACCGUGUUAUUCAAAGUAAUGAUAGCUUUGAAUUUCAUAAGCGCACUACAAAGUAAAUACAGCAACACUAAAAAACUAGUUUAUGCACACAAAA